AGUUUCAGAGCGUACGAUGCCCUUUCAGCAUACUCGAUGACAGAGACGUGCCCGGUGUCAAGUCUGGUCUUCAAGUCAUCCAGUUUUCGCUGAAGAUUGUCUCAGCAUCACGUGCAUCUAAAGAUGAACGACAUUCAUGUGGAUGUAGCAGUUAUUGGUGCUGGUAUCAGUGGACUAAGUGCUGCCUGUUUACUCAAGAAGAGUGGAUUGAGUGUUGCUGUCCUCGAAGCCCAGGAUCGUGUCGGAGGACGGACCUACACCGUCAAGCACCCAACUCAUGGCUCUGUAGAUGUGGGCGGCGCCUACAUUGGACCCACCCAGAACAGAAUGUACAGGCUCAUCAAGGAACUUGGACUAGAAGUCUACAAUGUCAAUGAAGAGUACAGGACUGUCCUGUAUAUUAAUGGUUCCUGGUCAGCCUAUAAAGGAAGAAUACCAUGUCUGAGAAAUCCUUUUAGCUACCUGGAUCAAAAUAAUGCAAUCAGAACCAUUGACAAAAUGGCUGCACAGGUGCCCCUAGGUGCACCCUGGAAGGCGGCCAAGGCUAAGGAGUGGGAUUCAAUGACUGUACAGGAGUUCAUCGACUCUAUUUGCUGGACCAGGGAAGUGAAACGAAUAAUGAAGAUAUUCAUCAACACCGUAUUUACAUCUGAGGACCAUCAGUUGUCCCUUCUGUACUUCCUUCAAUAUAUCCACGGUGGGCAGAGUUUCAACAGGGUGUCUCUCAUCACUAAUGGAGCACAGGAGAAGAAGGUUGUUGGAGGGACCCAGCAGUUGUCUGAGGGGAUGAGUGACUGGCUUGGUGCCGAUGUUCAUCUCAGAUCCCCCGUCACCAGCGUCAAACAGGAUGAUGCAGGAGCAGUUGUCCACACCGUUGAUGGGAAAGUCGUCAAGUGUACAUACGUGAUCAGCGCCAUGCCACUCACGCUGCUAUCCAGAGUGCGCUUCUUCCCUCCGCUACCUGGUCUCAAGGCCCAGUUGAUACAGCGAGUCCCCAUGGGCUCCGUCAUCAAGACUAACUUGUUCUACAGCACCCCGUUCUGGAGAGAGCUAGAUCUGAGUGGAGUAGCUAUGAGUGACAAUGGGCCAUCUGCGACAUGUUUUGAUGACACAAAGCCAGACGGCUCCCAUCCUUCGAUCAUGGCCUUCAUCCUGGCUGACAAGUGUCGCAGCCUCAGUCACCUUACAAAGGAAGAGAGAAAGCAGAAGUUGUGCCAGCAAUAUGCAGAAACAUUCAAAUCCAAGAAGUUUUUGGAGCCUGUGGGGUAUGUGGAGAAGAACUGGAUGGAGGAUGAAUAUUCUGGGGGAUGCUACUCAGUCACACUUCCACCCGGGGUACUGACAGAGUAUGGAAGGGAGAUCAGGAAGCCACACCACCGUCUGUAUUUUGCUGGGACAGAAACAGCUACAGAAUGGAUGGGAUUCAUGGAAGGAGCGAUCCAGGCUGGGGAGAGGGCAGCCAGAGAGGUCUUAUUUGCUGAGGGAAAGAUUAAAGAAUCAGAGAUUAUGCAAGAUGAACCAGAAUCAGAGGACUUCCCUGCCAGGCCCCUCCCGACUUCAUGGGUAGAGCAGAACAUGCCGUCUGUGACUGCCGUGGUUGUCAGUGUAGUGCUGGCUGGCUGUGUUGCUUUUGUGGCAGUCAUUUUCCAGAUGCUGGGAUAGUGCUUUAUUUGUUUAAAGCCACGCUAACAUGUUAUAAGCAAAUAUUCCAGGUAUAUGUCAGUGACAGGCAAUCCAGUGAUUGACAUUAUGACAUUAACUUCGCACUUGGGAUACAAUGACUUGUGUGGUGGAGGUCGGUUCUAAGAAUGAUAGACUUAGUGGAGCUUCGGGUGUGAUAGGGCUUUCUGGUGGCAGGCAAUUAAUCCGCAAAUAAAAUAACACACAUUGUUAGAUUCAGAGUAUUCUAAGAGAUUAUUGGACCAAUUAGCAAAUCCAGUUUCAUCAGGUGACGUGGACAUGGAACAAUCUGGAAGUUACUAUCACCAUUAUAGACAUACAAAUGGAGCAUUGGAACAUUGCCCUUAUUUAGGACUAAUUUGAUGUAAUACGUAAGCUUGGAAACUAAAACAAUCUGAAACAACAAAAAUGCAACCUGGCACGGGAGAGAUAAUCGUACAAAAAUCGUACAAUAAUGAUUCAGCUGCAUUUCUGAUACGUAGAACACUCUGGUUCUGAACAAAAUUACAAAUCUAUCUAUCUUGUGUUCUAUCUCCAAGCGGUUUUUUCGGGGUUUUUUGUUUUGUUUAUUGUUAAUUUCUUCUGUAUUUUUGUUAUAUUCCAAGUUUUUUUAUAUUACAUGUACACAUGUGCACAAUUCCAAGGAAUAUUUGAAUAUUUGAAAAUAUUGCUGUUCUAACCUUCAAGAUCGAUUUCCAAUAACUUGAGAAAUGACACACACAUGACAUUUGGUUGGUGCAGUAGUGUUCUUGCAAGUUUUGCGGCCGCUUAUGAACAUACGAUGUUGUCUCGAUUGUCAGAUGAACAUUUGUAAAACAUGUCACUAACUUAUAAGACAACUUUAUCUUAAACACAUGCCAUCAUCCGAGUAUUUAAUGCCUGUGACGCAAUCGUCCGUUUAUUCAUUGAAGCUUGUGUUAAAACUGUUGCCCGAAAGCAUGACGUUUGAAUCUCUACACAAAAGGUAUUCGGACACUUGACGUAAUUUCCAUUGACUUACAUCUUAAUUUACUGUAGCAUAAAUAAUUUUCAUGAAUUUAACUUUUCUAAGAUCCAAGUCAAAUUUUGCACAUUUGUGAGAAAUCAUCUUACCUACAAUCGCAUAUUUUCUGUUUAAUUUUCCGUUGCUUAUUUACCGAAUGGCAACAAUUUAAUCAACAUAUGUACAGUGCCGUGAACUCCUUAACAUUGCGGCCUAUGUGAUUGUGCAUUGCGGAGCCAUACGUAAGUUGAUAAAUGUGAUGUCAUUAGUUAAAUAGUAGUCGAAAAAUUAUGUGCACAGAGCAGUGAUGAUUUCAAAUUUGCCUAUCAAAUUUUACAAAGAUCCAUCCUUAACUCACGUCAUGAAAAUUAUUUAUGCUACACUGAAAUAACAGGUUAGUCCAUGGAAAUUACGUCAAGUGUCCGAAUACUUUUUGCACGGGUCUGUGUAAAUUACCUUGACAGUUCCUUUCAGAAAACCGAAGUUUGCAUCUUUCUUCCAAACCGUUAGUGAAUAUAUGAUAUUUGCUGAAAAUAAUACGACCUAGGUUAGCGAACGAGCGUUGGACCAAGAACGUAAUUUUCCGCAAUGCAAGCCCCUAUAACUGUUCUAAAAGUCAGUCCCUUCAACAAGCAGACGACCAGUUUUCAUACCGCCCUGAUCCUUAGCUAGCUCCCGACGCCUUACCUUGAGAGACGGGGCCCAGCAUACUCUUGAAACUAAGUGCCAUUGUUCAUUUUUUUGUUUACAAAAAGACAUUUCUUUGGUCAGAGAUAUUAUUUUUCAAUAUAUUUUAUGUUUUGUUCUCCAAUGACACAAGGUAAAUGUGUUGUUGUCCAUGUUUGACAUAUAAUGUUGCUUUUCAUAAUUUCAUAAUAAAAUGGUUGAAAAUGGGAA